AUGUCUCUCGUCCGCAAGACCCUCGCCAUGGGCGCUUUCUCUGCCCUCGCGGCUGCCCAGGCCCCCAAGACCACGGCCGACUGCUUGGAUGCUGUCAUCUUCAACACUCGUGGCAACAACGCGCCUUACCAUGACUGGCGUACCGCCCCUCUGCUUGAUGCCGUUUGCGCCAAGCUGAAUGCCGAGGGCAAGACAUGCGACUACAUUGACGUCGAGUUCGAUGCUCCUCUUGGUGGCGACUACUGCGCCCAGGUUGCUCAAGGUGUUCGCAACGGUGUUGCCGAGCUCACUGCCUACAACAAGAAGUGCCCAUGCACCCACAUUAUCAUCAGCGGUUACUCCGAGGGUGCUCACAUUUUGGGUGAUAUUCUUGCAGGACCUGGUGGCUGCAAUUUCGUCUUCGAGGGUCUUGACAACACUACUCGCCCUGGUAACGCUAUCGCUGCUGCUAUGCUCUGGGGUGAUGCCCUCCACGUCGCCGGCCAGCCCUACAACGUGCUUGACGGUGCCAACAAGCAGAAGAGCCCCCGUAACCCUACCGAGCUCGCCCGUCUCAACCGCUACUCCAAUGUUCUCCGCUCAUGGUGCGAUGCUAAGGACCCAGUCUGCGCCGGUGGUAACGAUGGUACCGCUCAUUCCACCUACUUCAUGAAGUACAGCGACUCUGCUGCCGACUGGGUAAUGGGGAAGAUCCACUCAGCCGCUCCUCUCUGCCCCACCAGCAGCUCGUCGGCUAUGGCUUCCUCCACCGCUUCCUCCUCUGCUGCUUCCUCCGCUGCUGCUUCAUCCGCUGCUUCAUCCGUUGCUGCUAGCUCGUCUGCUACUGCUACCUCCGCUGCUGGCUCUAAGGCUUCCGCCGCCGCUGCUAGCUCUGGUGCCAGCUCUGGUGCCAGCAAGCCCACUGCCGCCGCCUCCUCUUCCGGCGCUCCUACCGCUACCAAGACCGGAUCUGCUCCCCCUGCCGAAUCUACUUGCGCCAAGGCCAACUUCCCGGCCCCUAUCCCAUACGAGGAGAAGUGCGUCCAGGUUGUUACCAUCAAGUAUGUACAGGCCAAGAAGCCUAUGUAAAUUGGAGAAAGCGUUUUGGGCGCUUGAUUUGGAAGGGGGUUUCUGCCGCGAGGAUAUCUUGACUAAUUACAUAUUCUUUCCCGGAAUCGAAAAUGGCUUGAAACUUCUUUGACGC